CGUCUCACACGAAUGGCACCAGAGCGUAAACGCAACACGCUACACCCAUAAUGGGCACUGAGUGGUCAACAGACGGCGCGUGAUUGAUCGAUUUAUUUUAUUUGCUACAAAAAGAAUGCGGAAUAGCGUCUAUCACGGGCGCGAGGCAGAAGACGACAAAAUAGAGCCGCAAGCCAGCCACGAUGGACGAUGGCGUCUGACGACAGCAACACGUCGUCCAGCGAUGACGAGGCAUCCGGCAGCGACGCGUGCGCUAAGCCUCGUGAGUCCGCCGUGGCGGCCUGCCCUUCUCCGACGGAGCUCCUGCAGUCGACGCGCGUCGCCGUGCUCUGCAAUACGGUGGCGGUGGGGACCUUCUGUCUACUCGCCGUGGCACUGCUCAUAGUCGUUGUUAAUAGACAACAGGCAGCGGCGGCAGCAGCAACAGCACAGCCCACGACAUCGCCCAGCGAAGAAGCGGUCGAACGUCGCCGUGCCACCGAGAAGUACAGGGCGUCCGACGCGCCCGUCGUACCAGCCAGCGUCAGGUUCGUGUGCGUGUACCGUGAUCGCGUCGGGCAGCCGGGCCUGAACCUCCGCAGCUUCCCGUACGCGUACUGUCACCACUUGGCGUACUGCUGCCUGAGUGUGCUGCCGUCUCGGGGAGAGCGAGCUGCCCGCGAAACUUUGGCGCAGCUCGGGGCCGCAAUGGGAGGGGCGCCUUUCUCACUCUCCGUCAUCGUCGGCGGCUCCUCAACGGAGGACCCGUACUUGCUAGCACUGCUGCUUGACACAGAAAGCGUGCAGCGGCUGGUAGAGCGGUUGGCGCUCAUCAAUCGGAAUGGCGGCGAGGACGGGGCAACAUCGUCGUCGCUUUUCUCCCGCGUUUACCUGCACUGGAAGAGGCCACAGGAGCGGCACAAGGCGGCUAUCACUCGACUCGCCGAAGCCCUCCGGAGGCAGCUGAAGCCACACUCACUGCGUCUGGGUCUGGUUGUCGACGGCGACACUGACGUGGCAGCGGCGUUCGACUUUCCCAGGCUCCUGGAUGUGCUUGGGGACCGCGGACUGCUCGCGGCGCCGCAGUCGUGGUCCGUGCCGAUCCCGGAGCGAGGCGGACACCACAGCGCCGAGACGCUCUCUCGGCACGCGGGUCUGCGCCGUCUCAGUGAAAAGCACAGCGACCGCGUUUGUCACGCGCUUAGCGUGGCCGCUGUGGCCAGCGAAGGGUCCGAGGCGGCGAUCGAUGUUUCCUACGGCAGCGUGUGCAACAUGAACUUCACCAACGUUUACAGCCACGGACUUGCAACCGUCGGGGUGACCGCUUUCGGCGACGCUGUUUCCUUCCUGAAGCCGGCUCGUGCCCGCCAAUUUGCGGCUGCGCUCUGCAAACGGGCCAAGACCGACUGCGUCGCCUUUUGGGACCCAGAAUGCGACGACUACGCAGGAAGAUGCGGGGGCCCUUCUUUUCCGCUCAUCAAGGCUGUCGUCGGAACACCCGUCGCCUGAAGCCAGCCUUGAUUCUUCGCCCCACUUUGUCAGACGUAGACAAGGGGCGACACUUCUAGAUUACAUCAGCAGACUGCGCCUUGCGCAGAAACACCUUUCCGUUGCCUGACGCGCCUGCUCGGCAAGAUGCGCUGCACUUGCAGCCAAUCGGCAAGAAGCGGAGAGAGGUUGAUGCCUUUGAAGUCAACGCCCGCAGGUCAGAGGACCCUCUCGGUAGCCCCGGAAAGGCAUUACGACCGCUGCCAGUGUACGGCUUGGGAGCGCGCGCGUCUUCUCGGAGAACCUAAAGUGCAUAUUUUUGAAAGCCUCUCUUUUUGGCAUGGACUCCGCGAUCGGGUGACUCAGCGCGCGCCGCCAGGUCUCGGAGGCCAUGUCGUAACGUUUCUCUCUUGUCUGCCGCAUGGCCGCAUAUGCGCUGCGGGUGUAGUCGAAAUCUUUUGUAGUGCGCAGGCUGCGGAAGGCAUCGGAAAGGAGUUACGCGAGGCUAGGCAGUUCAGCGAAUGAACUUUAGAAGAGUUGGAGACCCCGCAGGGGUGUCUGCAUCAGCAGGCGUUUGGUGUGUUGCGACACCACGUACCCGAGCACACGAGGGUUGGACCCUCCCGCGUCUAACCGUUCACGGCUUAGCGGUGUCCGGGGAAAAGGGCAUCUUGGCGGUUGGGCCGAUGCUGAGGGUUCGGACCUUUAAGGCCCCUCGGCGGAGGCAACACACCCCUUUGGCCUCGACCUAACGUAGACGGCACCUUCGGACUGACCCAUCCGGUGGAAAUUGGUAGUUGCCUUUUCCUAGCCUCCUCUCCAACCUUCGUCAUUCUCACUCACUUUUAAUAUUUCCUGUCUUUUCCUCUCUUCUGCAUUACUUCCGAUUUUCUAGGCAGCGAGGGUCAACCCUAUGUGAGUAGCCUACUUAGGUUUUCUCAUAUUCGGUUAUAUUAGUAACGUACAGCUGACGUUUACAGUACCAGUUUCACAGGUCCUGCAGCGUCCCCUAUUAGGGCUGCACGGUGGUUGGCUGGCGUUACUGCCGAAAAAUACACUCACUUAUGGCUGGUCCCUUCCCAUCACUACCUGAUCGUUCCCCGAAGAAGGGGCGCACCGAUGAAGUCUUCGAGUUUUUUGGUCAUCAAAAAGAAUCCUUUUCCCGUUUCCAUGUCAUUCACUCUGAAAAACCAGACAAACCAAUGCGAACAAUCUCACCAUUCCUCGUUUCAAAGUCUCUUACGGAAAUUUUCGGUACAUGUUAUAAAGCAUCCAGGAAGGCAAGCGGUGAUCUGUUGGAGCUACGCCACCAGAAACAAAAUGAAAAACUGUCCAGUGUCAUUUGGACAGUUUGGACAGGCCAAGUAACGAUAACCCCGCGCUGUACUAUGAAUACCACCCAUGGCGUUGUCUUAGAUGAUGACCUGCUGGAGCUAACUGAAGAUGACCUCUUGUAGGGCUUCAUUAAGCAGGACCUCAUCAACGUUAAAUGAAUUAAGUUGAGGCGUGAUGAGGAAACACAGACCAAACACCUGAUACUUUCAGCUCCAGUGUUUUGCCCGAGUUCAUGGAGGCCGGGUACACCCGGCUUCGUGUUAGGUCAUACGUGCCGAAUUCUUGCCGAUGUUUCAAAUGCCAGCGUUUUGGACA